UGUACACGUGGGUGUUCUCAGCCCCAGUCUCGAUGUGGUAUGGCUCCACGAGACACUCUGAUACUUUGCCGUUGCUGCGGCGAUGUUCACACCUGGACCAGAAGCGCUGGAUCUCCGGACGGUCGUCAGUCAUCUGAUCACACCAUGUGAAAUAUUCGCCCACGUUCGUGACACCAUCUUGCACAAACACAACAGCCGGCACCAGCACCAAAAUGCAACGAUUCUUGGAGUUUUAGAACAGAGCAGUGCCAAAAAAAGAGCAACUUUCCAACACUGCAUUAUGGCGGCAGUGCAGACUUCGGUGCAAAAUUUCGACGUGUUGUCCUCGGUGAAUGGGACCGUCAAGAGCGAGAGUCAUCAACCCGAGCAGGGGAAAUCCGUGUUCGCCGAAACGUACGACCCGGAGAAUGACGACGACGACGAUGGGGCGCGCGCGAUAUUCCCCAAGACGGACGAGCAGCGGUCGCGGUUGUGCGACUCCGUCAAGAACAUCCUGCUGUUCCGGUCGCUGGACAAGGAGCAGAUGAACGAAGUGCUGGACGCCAUAGGAAUCUACAAAGCGUACGUAGGAGAAGACCAGAAGCACAUACACACGUACGAGGGAAGAGGCAGCUUCGGAGAACUAGCUUUGUUGUACAACAUGCCAAGAGCUGCCACCAUCCAGGCCGAAACGGACGGCCAGCUGUGGGCGAUGGACCGCCAGACAUUCCGGAGAAUCCUGCUCAAGUCCGCCUUCAGGAAACGGAAAAUGUACGAAGCCCUGCUGGACUCGGUCCCGAUGCUGAAGACCCUGCAGAACUACGAACGCAUGAACCUGGCCGAUGCUCUAAUACCACGAACCUUCACACAGGGCGAGCGGAUCAUCAAGCAAGGUGACGUCGCCGACGGGAUGUACUUCAUCGAGCAGGGCAAGGUGUCGAUCCGCAUCCAGCAGGACGCCGGCGAGGUCGAGGUCUCGAACCUCGAGAAGGGCGGCUACUUUGGCGAGCUGGCCCUCGUCACCCACCGGCCCCGGGCCGCCUCCGCCUACGCCGUCGAUAACGUCAAGGUGGCAUUCCUGGACGUGGACGCGUUCGAGCGGCUCUUAGGUCCGUGCAUGAACCUGAUGAAGCGCAACAUUGGCGACUACGAGUCCCAGCUGGUCAAGAUCUUCGGCAGCAAGAACAACAUCAGCGACAUCCGAUAAGCGUGAACUAGACCAACAAACCAACCAACCAACCAGCAAUCGCAGCAGAAGUCUUCUUAAAAAGGGAAAUUAUGUAACAACAACAAAAUCAGCAAAACUAACACAAAAAAAUCCAAAUCACUCAUCAAGCAUCACACAUUCUACGAUUAUUAAAAAGGAAUAGCCGCCACGUGGUUCGUUUUGGCUUGUGGCACGCCGCGGCCACGUGGCCCACGCUAGCCGGCCGGUAUUCUUGCGCCCGACGGGGUCCGUGAAAAACGUUCCGGGUUUGCCUUACCAUCGGUUCCGGGGCCGACACAUUUCUGGGUUUCCACAAUUUUUCUCUACCAUCUUAUAUAUCAGCAACAGCAACAGCAGCGUGGCCCAGAAAGUGGAGGUUGUUAGCUUGAGCUAAUGCCCGGACACCCCCGGCGAUGUUCCGGAUGCGGCGGAGCAACUAGACAGGCUGGCCAAACUCUAAUCAUCGUGUCAUCGUCAUCAUACGUGGCUGGAUCAUCCACCGAGACAAGAAGGAAAUAAAAUUGUGACGAAGCAGUCAGCCAUCAUAUAAUUAUUACUAACUUUUAUUUUAUUGUUUUUGCAAAUAAAUCGUAGUUUUUAGAUUUUUAGAGGAAGAGACGGGAUGCGCGCUUUUAUCGCAGAGAGAAUUAAAAAAAAUAUUAGAACGAGAAUGAUCACAUUUAUAUAUCAGAUUGUAUUUGAGCAAGUCAGAUAAAAAAGAAAAGAAUAAAACUCUAAAAAAAAGCAUUAAACUAAUCGGUGUCGGAGACACGACAAGUCACCACCGCCGCCACCAGCAUCAGUUUUCGAUUAAACAAAGCAUACACAUAAAGAAAGAAAGAUUAUAUGUAUAAUAAAACUAAUAAUUAUGAAAAAGCAAACAACUAGAUAUUGAAAUACACACAAAACAAGCAAACACAAGAAACGCAAUGUUUCCCGCUCCCCCCUAUUUCAGGUAACUGUAAAGUGUUGUGUAACAAAUCAAACAAAAAAAAACAAGAAAAAUAUUUGAAAAUACACAACACAAGCAUUAGUAACUGUGUGUUUGAACAAAAUAGUGAAAAGUAGUGUGAGAAAUUUGAACAAAAAAAAAACACAAAAAAGAAAACAAAAAAAAUAUAACUGAUAACAUCAAUAUCUAAACAACAGCAGCAGACACGAUUAUUACUAAAUGGUGAAAUGAAUGGAUUUAUUAAGAAAAAAAAAACUAUGAAGAACUUUUUAGCAAGUAUUCGUAAAACAAGCAAAAACAAAAGCAAACUGUACUAGCAAACUAACUGAUCACUGAAAAAGGGAGAAGGUAAAGAUUACAUGAGACACACAUGAAAAGAAAGUAAUAAGCAAAAAUUAACUUAUUUCUGUUAUUUAUUCGAUCAUGAGGUAAGCAACAAAAAAAAAAUACAAAAAAAAACUUAACUAGCAAAAAGUAACAAAAAAUUGUCACAAUUUAAAGAUAAAACUUUGAGCAGUGUUUAACAUAAAAUAUAAAAGAAGAAAAAACAAAAAAAAAAACAAUAUCACUCUAUAAGAUAUAUGAAUUGAUAUGUAAGUAAGUUAAGAAAACAGCAGAGAUUUAAUUAAGGAAAGUUAAGCAGAGUAUAUAUUUAAUAACCA